CUUGCUUUUAUUCAAGCAAGUAUUAUAAAUUUUUGAGUUAUCUAUAUAAGAAAAUUCGUGAAUUACUGAUAAAUUUUUGAGUUUUUCAUUAACUUCAACGCGUAUUGGGUUCACUGAGACGUCUUCUCUAUAGGUUAGUCCCGACACUCCGAGCAUUAGGAAAUUUAUUUCUUACUUUCGUAGCCAAAUUUAUAAUUUUAGUAGCACAAACCUCAGCAAAGUCGAUGGGUAGAUUAUUUGUACCACAAUGGAUAAUAACAUGAGAUGGGUCAAUCUUUGUCUGGGUAUUGUCAAUAGCUUCACUAAUUUCUUCACAUGUUUUUCCGCGAUAGGUGAAUUUAUGCACCGUUCUUCGAGAUAAUUUAUUUGGAUCAAUUGCUUUAUAAUCGAGUCACCAAUUAUUAGUAUUGGUUUUCGCUCGUCAGGUUUUGAAUUGUUGUUGUUCAGGUGUCGCUUGGAUAAUUCUACUGCUGCACUAUCUGUUCGAUUACGAUUGUCAGUUUGAUUUGUUUCCCUUAAAUUCGACAACACGUUGGGACCGUCUUGUUCGGUUUGUUGUUCCCGUUGAUCGCUAGCUUUGUUUUUGCGUCUGCUUGGUUUUUGACCAGGCAGUUUACUUGAUUGUUGACCCCGCGGCAUGUUUGUUUGGUUAGUCCUUGGCUGGGAUAUCACUUUAAUUUGUUGCUCGUUUUUUUGGGAUGUCUCUUCGAGUUGUUGCUCGUUUAAUAAGGCUUCAUCUGUAAGUUCCGAAUAUCUGUUUGUUGAAAGAUAAUUAUCUUCACUGUCAGUUGAUACUUCGAUUGGUUUGAACUGUGGGCCUUCUGUUGUUUUCUAUCCGGUGCAAUAUGCCAUCUUUUGUUCCUGCCAUCAUCUAUUUCAUUGUUUUGCAGAAUUUUUAACGCAGUAAUUAAGCUCUGUUUUUCUUCUCCCAUCAACUUUACAUGCUCGUUGAGAUCCGACAUUACAAGAGUAGCAUUUUCCAGUUCUUUUUUUAAGUAGACAUUUUCCGCUUUUAGCUGUACAUUUUCAUCUUUAAUAAGAGAGAUAUGCUCUCGUGACAAUGUUAAUGCAAAGCUGUCGGCAUCUUGCAAUUUGCAUACUUCGAAAGAUAUAUCAUCAAUUUUGCGUUCUAGUUUCUGCUCAAUUUUCUCGAUUUUUUCCAAGAUCAUUGUCAGAUCUUCUGCAGUAAUUUUGGCUGAGACAUCGGCUUGACUUUCCAAUGAUUUUUCCUCUCCAUCAAACUUAAUUUGGUAUGGAGAGUCUUCUUGAUUUUCAAAGCUACUAUCUGAUGUAUUCAUGUCAUGGUCUAUUGCUUCCUUCGCUAAUUCUCGCAAACAAGUUUUAAUUUCUUCGUCUUUACUCCCGUUAAGUGUAAGUGAGUGACUAUCUGAGUACCAUCUUACCAUUAGGGAGUUUACGAUCUACGACGCGGCCGCCUCGACGACGCGCUUUCAAAACAAAGAAAUUUGGUGUUACCAGAAGCAAUAGUAUUAUGUGUUUUAUCGCCAUGCAAACCCACAAAGAACUUACAAAGAAAUUUGUCAUGCAAGACAAAAACUGUCAAUAAUUUGUGGUCCCAUGAGUAUUGUCAACCGCGUUGUCAUUCUCAACACAACGUUAAAAAAGCAAUUAUUACGUCUUUCAGGCAACGCGAAAGCUUAAUGCGACACAAGAGGUGUUACUAAAAGUCGAAAUUACUGCAAACAUUGCAUCGCUUUAGCCGAACGUAGCAUUUUGUAAGGUUAUUGAAAGAGUCAAAUAUUUAUUACAGUAAUCGAAUUGCUUAGCGCUCAUUCUUGAGCUAAAAUUUAGACCGCGUCGUUGAGCCGGCCGCGUCGCAGAUCGUAAACUGCCUAAUAACUGGUCUGCAACUUCCAAUUUUCUACAGCAACCUCCCGGUUUUGACCAACUUGUCUGGCUCUUCACGAUAUCAUCAAAUAGCGUUUGUAAAGCUUCAAAUUCUCCAGACCAUUUAAAACUUCCUUUGUUAGUAAUAAUCAGACUUCGACUACACUCUUCUACGUUAGCCGAACCAACGUUAAGUGUAUAAUGUUUUUCAAAAUCGCUGGAUUCUCUCAUACUUUCAUCAAGCCAUAGCUUUUUUUUUUCAUCAGCCAUAGCUUUUGAGGAAAAAACAACUUUUACUCAUUUCUCAUUUUUCAAGCAGGUGGCAGUCGGCGAUGAUCAGCGAUGGUCGCAAGAAACAAACUUUUUUGUUUCCUGCGAUGUCAUCGCCGAUGGUCGGCGACGAUCACGGACAAUCGGCGAUAUAAUUUUUGAUGUGUUCUCAUAAAUCGCAAGCGGUCGCCGACGUCGCAAAGCUCCCAUCGCCGACGGUUUGCGAUGAAUGAGAACUGGUACGCUACGGCAAACCACUCCAUUAUAGUGUAAACACAAUACUAUAAGAAACGUGGUGAAUUUUUAACGAAAUUGAUUUGUAUUUAGAGUAGCAAAUGUAGUGGUCCGUAGUUUAUAUUACGUUACGGCAAACCACUCCGUUAUAGUGUAAACACAAUAUAGUCUCAAUACUAGAAACGUAAACACAAUGUAGUCUUUUUUAACAUUUUUAACGGAGUGUUAGCAGUAGGGUAAUAUUGUAAACGCGGCCUUAAACUAUUUUCGCUGUUGGAAAGUUUGUUGCCAAACUUAAACCUUGCACGCAUGGUUAAAGGAAAUACUCACCAAUGACACAGUUGAGUUCAAUGUCUGGUAUUUUGCCAAUUUCAAGAAAGUUGAACUUUUUUUGAGUGGGCAAGUCGUGGUCCUCAGUACACUAGGCAGAAGACAAGAGAUGUGAGAUUUACUUCUUUCUAAUAAAAUUGAAGCACUAUAAAAGCAGCUACUGUAAAACAGUCAUGCACUUGCCUAUAAAUACGAAAUGGAAAUUGUUUUCUCCCUGAUUUUUCACUCGCAUCAGUCAGGGUCACUGAAUAUGCAGAUUUCAACGUUGGCCUGAGUUAAACUGAUAAUCCAGAAGAUCCUAGCUCUCAUGAUCGAUUUGAUUCGAUCGUCUUUGUAUAAACGCGGCAAAGAGACAGAUCUGCGCAUCUAUCAUUAAAGGCGCUCACAAACACCUUUCGAAUUUGUGCAGGGGCUUUUAAAAAUACUGAUAUUUUGAGAAUAUUUAGCUCUCAAGGCGAACUAUAUCUGUGUAGACUGUCAUCUCAAAUAUGUGUGCGUUGUUGAUGAUUAAAUGUAUGACGUAAAUAAACACAGCAUUUAAACGAAUUCAGGCAUGAUUUGUUUCUGCAACCAUUACCGGUAUAGAAUAAGCUAACUAAUAAUUUCCAACUAUUCUAACGGACGAAUGAACUCAUAAGCGAUCCAUUAAUUUUCGCUACAAAUCGGGCAAUUCAUUUAAUCACACAUCGCUUACCAACUCAAUUUUAGUUUGGUAGUUAAACUUUAGUUCAUAUUCAUUUUCUAUAGAUGAAUAUAUUCUUUUUGACAGAUCCAGUUUUCCAUUUGAUAUGUAGUAAACCUGAAAUAAAGAAAAUAUAGUUGACGGCCUUAUUAAGCAUUACCAUGCAGAUAGUGUUCAAUCUGCAGUUAUCAGAGUCAAUACAAUGUUAGCUCUUGGAUAUAUGUACCUUAUUUUGUUCAAGCAAUGGAUAAAACUUGUCCACGAGAUCAUCAAAGCAUACUACUCUUAUCUCACUCUAAAAACACACACAAACAUUUAACUAAUCUUCCACUGCUAAUCGGAGGGCAAAACUGGAAAAAAGCCUGGAUACUGUAAAUCGAUUGAUUCCAAAAUGUUCUUUCUAGAGGUCUAUAAUAAGCAAGAUCUCUUGUUGUUCCAGUGUUACUACGGAGGGAUACCAGAGAAAUAAACUGGAAGCACUCUUCUCUCAUGUGAUUAAAAGCAAUGAACAAUGAAGGCAGCUGUUGUGAGCUUUGGAUCGCUAGUUUUUUCGAUAUUUAUAUUGUUAAAUUACCGUCUUACGGUUUUUGACCGACAUGAAGAGUUUCCUAAGGUUAUGGUACAGACCAUAUGGGAAAAUAAGAUCUCUCCAUCACUGUUGAGCGAUGUAUGUGGGCAAACAGUUAUUAUCGGACUUGGCCGACUUGGAAAAGUCUCCCUGUUGAAGCAUGGAUUUCGAAAGACUCGUAUGAGCCUCUCCAGAUGGUCAAAACAUGGCCAAACUACACUACUGGUGGCCGGACAUGAUCCUCCUAUUGACAUUACCAUGUAUCUGGACAUAUCUAUUAAUCCUGGCCCACAAUUGUCGAAUACGAUCGAAACUAUAAUCACAAACAGAACAGAAUCUACGCCAAGAAAUCGAUUUCGCCAUUAUUCAAAUUUAGUGCAAAUUCUGGCUGCACCGGCUAUUGUUUAUAACAAUACAGCGCAACUAAUUAAGUGUUGCGUAUUGAACGCUCAAUCACUUAGAAACAAAGGUCCUGAAUUUGUUGACUAUAUUUGUGAUUCGGAAAUCGAUAUUGCCGUUAUUACUGAAACUUGGCUGAAAUCUGCUGAUGCUGCUGCUAAAAUCGCUGCCACACCAACUGGAUAUCGCUUGUUUAACCAUCCUCGCCCACAUAGAAUUGGUGGUGGCACUGGCAUCUUAGCGCGGGACUCACUUGUAAUUAAACAAGCAAGAGCGGGUAUAUUCAACUCUUUUGAGUAUUCAGAGUAUAUUAUUGUUUCUGGCUCAUCUCGCGUACGCCUUGUUGUAAUCUAUAGGCCUCCUUACUCGUUCAAUCACCCGGCUACUGUGAAUAUGUUUAUCACUGAAUUCGCUGACUUUCUGGAAUCUGUUGUCAUGACGAUCGAGCCGCUUCUGAUAGCCGGUGAUUUUAAUAUCCAUGUCAACAAGCAGUUGGAUAACGAUUGUGGUAGUUUUCUCGAUCUCCUUUCAUCAAUGGGCUUACAGCAACACAUUAAUUUCCCCACGCAUACUUCUGGUAACACUUUAGAUCUGCUGGUAACCCGAACUUUGGAUUCUGAUAUCAUAAAGGAAAUCCAACCUGAUAUCUAUUUUUCUGACCAUUGUUCCAUAUUAUUCUCCAUAAAUAUCUCCAAACCGCGACUGUCAAGGAAGAAGGUAACUUUUAGGAAAACGAAAGCUAUUAAUACAACCACAUUCGUGGCGGAUCUGUCUGCUACUAAAUUGUGUCAGCACCCUCCAUCUGAGCUAGACAAGCUAGUAGAUUGCUAUAAUACCACACUAACAGAUUUAUUGGAUCACCAUGCUCCUCUCAAAACCAAGACUGUUACGGUUAAACCUCAAGUGCCUUGGUAUUCGGAGGAAGUUCGUGUAGCGAAGAGAGAGCGUCGACGAGCUGAAAGGAAAUGGAGGUCUUUUGGGACUGCUGCUGACUUUGAGUCAUUCAAGAGGAAAAAAAAUCGUGUAACUCAUUUGCUAAGAGUAGCUAAAUCGGAAUUUCUCACUGACUUCAUUGAUCAGAAUGCGGACAAUCAAGGCAAAUUAUUUCGAGCUGUGAAAGACCUUUUGGUUGAGAAGAACACGCUAUGUUUCUCUGACUAUACGGAUACGACAGCACUGGUAAACGAGUUAGGGAUGUAUUUUGUGCAGAAAGUUAUUCGGAUUCGAGAUGAGCUCGAUUUGGGUAUCGCGACUACGAACGAUGUCCCGGAUUACCCACCGGCUCCAUCUGUUUUUGAAUCAUUUGCGUUGCUGACGGAGGACGAUGUGCGCAUGCUCAUUGCCAACUCUAAAUCCACAUCCUGCUGUCUUGAUCCUGUCCCCACGCCUCUACUAAAAUCAUGUAUCGAGUCUCUUAUACCAGUGAUCGCUAAAAUAAUUAACACCUCAUUGGAAUCAGGAGUUUUCCCUGAGGACUGGAAAGUGGCCGUAGUCAAACCAUUGUUAAAGAAACUGGGCCUUGACCCGCUGUUUAUGAACUUGCGUCCUGUUAGUAAUUUAGCUUAUAUCUCUAAGCUCAUUGAGCGUGCUGUAUUUAAUCAGAUUUAUGACCACUUGGUUCAGUCAGGUCUUUAUCCUCUACUGCAAUCAGCUUAUCGUCAGGGCGUAGCCAGCGCAUCGUGUUUGACGGAGUUACAUCAGACAGCUGUGAUGUGCGCGAAGGGAGUUGCCUUGGUCCGCUUCUCUUUGUUAUGUUCAAGCACACCUCCCUGAUGCCCAUGGUUUUGCCGAUGAUACGCAAUUAUACCUGUCAUUCAAUCCUAAUAAUCCCGCUCAUCAAACGGAGGCAGUGUCUGCCAUGGAGGGAUGUAUUAGUGACUUGAGGAAAUGGAUGUAUCAGGACAAGCUAAAGUUAAAUGACGAUAAAACUGAAUUUCUUAUCAUCGGAUCUAGACAACAGAUUUUGAAAGUUAACCCUUGUACGAUUCGCGUUGGCAAUACCGAGAUCAAGCCAGUUUCGGAAGCGCGUAAUCUGGGCUCUUGGUUUGAUUCAAAUUUAUCCAUGUCCACCCAUAUUUCUAAGUCUUGUGGUGCUACAUUUUGCUGGCUACAUAAAAUCAAGCGCAUAAGUAAAUUCCUUGCAAAGGAUCAAUUAGAAAUGAUCUUGCAUGCCUUUGUUACAAGUAGAAUUGACUAUUGCAACGGACUUCUCUAUGGAUUGCCGGACUGUGACAUAGUUAAAUUACAGCGAGUUCAGAACGCUGCGGCCAGGCUGCUAACGUCUACUAGCAAGUACAGCCAUAUUACGCCUGUUUCACAGGAACUACACUGGUUGCCAGUUAGGUUUAGGAUUCAUUUUAAGAUUUUACUCUUAACUUUCAAAGCUCUUAACGGCUUGGCGCCAGAUUAUAUUAGGGAACUUAUUAAGAUAAGGAAACAUGAACGUUACUCGCUCCGUUCCAAUUCGGGGAUUAUCAUCUCACAUCCAGUGGGGAAGAUGUUAAAAUCAUUCGGAGACAGAUCUUUUAGUGUGGCUGCGCCAACACUCUGGAAUGCACUUCCUGUAAGCCUUCGGAGUAUCAGUUCUCUUUCAAUUUUUAAAUCCUCUCUGAAAAGAUAUCUUUUUAAGCUAGCUUUUAGCCUCCAUUAAAUGUAUAUAUUUAAGAUUAUUAAUAGUUGCAUGUAUAAUAGAGUGUAUUGUAAUGCGCUUUUGAUCAUUGUAUGUAAAAAGCGCAAUAUAAAUUAUUAAAUUAUUAUUAUAUUCUCGAGUAUAACAUUAUACGAUGCACACAACUGCAUACUGAAUUAAGCAAUUAAAUUUCGGCAAAUAAUAUAGGUUAGCUGCAGUUUUCGCAACUGCUCCUGGUUAGAUCUAAAAAUUUUAUAAACUUGCUUUCGAAGAUUCCACCGGCGAAAAACCCAUCUACUAUUAAGUACCAUCCAACCACAUGCCAAAAAAUCACGACAUAUCGCAUGCACUAACCACUCUUUCACCAACACCGCAGAACGAAUGGAGCACAAG